GAAAGGAGUAAGUUCCUCUACAGCAAAUGAGGAAAUAUGAAGGAAAAUGGAACAGUACGCUCCACCCUCCCAUUCCCAGCAGGGAACUCUGGCCUCCCUCUUCUAAUCCUGGCUGGGCAGGGUAGAGAGCUGGAUCCCUGAUUAUGCUUGCAUUUCCCAAAGAAUUCAGCUCACAGCACUUGAGAUAUAAAAAGCCUGGCUUUCUUUCCACAGACUAUUAACACCCCACAGCACUUCCAACACUUAAGUACUCCUGGCUUUUGCAAACAAGUGGUCCCCCACUGGGAAUGUUACUCCUGCAAAUACUCCUAAUUUCGGCUCUCUGCCAGUGGGCAUACGGCACAGGAUCUCAUGCCUUCAUCAUGAUCCAGCUUGCCUUUUUUCAAAACAGCAGCUCAGUGGAAUUUGUAGGCAAUGCCACUCUGGAUGGGAAACUUACCCAUAGCAUGGAGGUCCAAAAUGGGCAACUCAAUGCAAGCCAGCUGCUCCCAUUGGAGCCUUUAUACCUCUGGGAGCAGAGAAAGAGCAGUCUACAACAGUACCUCAAGCAGUUUGAGACACUGGUCAACAUGUAUGCUCGUGAAAGGAACGUACCAUAUCCCCUACACAUAUAUUGUACUUUGGGGUGCCAGAUCUUCAAGAAUGGCACCAACGGCACCUUCUAUGAGGUUUUGCUCAAUGGGACUGAUUUCCUGAGACUCCAUGCAGCCAAUCAUAGUUGGAGACCUUUACAGGACACUCCUGUGGCCAGCUUUGCCAGUAAGGAACUGAACAAAUACCCUCAGACCAACAUCAAUCCAGCUUUCUUCCUACAGGAAACUUGCAUCAAUUUUGUGAGGGAGCACACUGAAGUGAAAGGAGCCUCAACUGGGAAACAUGAAGGACGCUCACACACACCACUGGUGGUAGGCAUCAGCCUUGGUUCCCUUGCUCUAAUGGCCCUAGCUGUUUGCAUCUUCCUAUGCACAGGUGGAAAGAGAUAGCACCAAGCAUAAUAACAUUACGUGGACCAGCACUCCUGCAGAUGAGUUAGCCAAGCUAACCAGAAAGGAACAAUGCAGACUCCUACCUAGGAAUGGGAAAAUCUGUCCAUUUCAGUUUCUCCAUUCAUUUUUGCUCUCUUAAGUUCAGCUCUCAGUAUUUCCACAUCAGUCUGCAAAUUAUUUCACUGAUAUAUGCAUGUUUAUGAACACUCUACCCCAGUAUAUGUAUUUUUUUACAUGUCACUUGGCUGGAGAACUGCAUUGCAAAAAAUGUGAACUUCCAAGGCUGGCUGUUUCAGUUAUGUGUAAUGUUUCAGAAAGUGUGGAUUAAGCUGGUUAGCCUUUAAAUGUGAACUGAAUCAAAUUUUUCUCCUACCCCUUCCAGUUUAAUUUUCUUCUCAAGAAACAUACCAAUAUCUGUAUGAACCUGUAUCCCUUACCUCAUACCUACCUGUAAGAUGAACUGUAGAACAGCAGCAAGACCACUGCCAGUAUCAUAGGAAUCUUUUUAUUUCCUACUGCUCUACCUUGGAGGUCCCCGAUUCAUAGGGUCGCCAUAAGGCAUAGUCAACUUGAAGGCACAUAGCCACAACUACUACUUAGGCAAACAGCUUCUCCGCUCAGUCCAUUUCACCUGUAUAUCAAUGGACAGAAACCAGAGAAGCACAGCAAAAAAACACACCUGGAUGACUUUGUGCUCUUCAAUUUCCCUCAACUCUUCUUUUAAAGCAUCCUAAAUCUUGAGAAUUACUGCUACUAUUUAACAUUUAUUUCAGUCCAACAGAACAAGAGAUAUUGAGAUAGGAUUUAUGCAUAGUUUUAAAAUGAACUUCACUGCCACAAGAUGUGGUACUGGCCACUGGGUCAGUCUAAUUUAUGAAGAAUGCUUACUGUUGUGCCGGUUCCAGUAUGCCCCCACCUCUCUUUUCUGAAAAUGGGGGCACACAGCGCCAGUCAAAUUCCACCCCUUUUUACUAUAAAACCCUGGUUGGAUCAGCUCGAGUUCUUUUUUUAAAAAAAUCAGCUUCAGACAGACUGAUUGGUAGGCCAACCAGUUUGUCUUCCAGAUGUGGCCAAUAGAAAUGUUUUGCUGCAGGCUCACGCAGAUAGUGACACUUUGCUGUGGGUGGUCCUGAAAGGCCUGAAGUCAACAGUGGGGAAGGGAGGUGUUGCCAGUAGAGGGCACAGUUGCUUCAAAAACGCAACCAGAAAAAUUCUGGAUGCUUUUGAAGUGACUAGUGUGCCCACAGCCAAGGUCUAUCCAUGCCUAUUAAAAUGGAGGCUCCAUUUAGCCAUGUCUUAGGCAGCACGUUUGCUGUAGCGAGAAAGAGUCAAGGGAGGACUAUUGCCUUUAUGUCCUGUUUGUUGGCUUUCUGGCUGCCCACAGCUGAAUAGAGUGCUGGACUAUAAGGGAUGUUUUUAUGAUUCUGGAUCCAGAACUGGGCAUUGCAGUAUCUAUGCCCAGUCUUUACAAACAGCAUCAAGAUGAGGUUGCAGAGUGUUUGGUGGGGCAGGUGUACCCAAGGCAAUGUGAUAUAUACUUCAGCAGAUUCUAGCGAAGAAACCCAUUGGUGGCUCUUGUUAUACCUUCAAUAACACCAUUCAUUCUAUGCAUGCAACACACAAUGGCAAGUUUCAACAAAGACAAUCCAACAUCCCAGAAAUAUCCCUCUAGUGUCUUUAAGGGAAUCAGGAACCACAGAGAUGUCUGCUUUGAUGAAAACAGAUUGUAUCAAAAAUAGCACUAAGUCAUGGUCCCAUCAGCACAAGGAUUUCUGCUUGCACAAGGGACUUUCCCCCUCCCCCUGCAUACCUCCUAAAUCUGUUCUAGGGGUUCCCCCAACCCCCUGAAACACAUUUGGGGACAGCAUGGAGGAGCAGAAAGGGGAAGUCCUGUUGCAAAAGCAUAAAUCCUUGUGCUGACGGGACGUGUCACUUGGAUACCACCCAAUGCUUCUCUUACCGAAGCUAUUACUCCUUUAAACAGAACUCUUCUAGACAUCAGGACCCAAUUACUUUCUUUCCCUGGACUUCCUUGAGAUGUCAGCAGUAAGUGGCUAAACGAGGAGUUGGGGAAUAACUCCACACAUUGAGUGAAAAUCCAACAAUUGUGAAGCAGCUCCUAACACAUCAUUCAUAAAUGCUCCAAUGAACCUCUCUAGGUUAUACUCCAAAUAGUAGGCAUAACCCUUCUGUUUCUGUAAAAUAGUAAACUUGUAGCUUUCAGCUUUGAAGUGGUGAUGGCUUUUUAAUAAAAGCAAUCCUUCAGA